GUGUAAUAUGAACCCGUAUAUCCGCUGUCAGUUCCCUCUCAAUACAGUCAGUACGAUUUGCAUCGUCCAAUAUUCUCAACAAAUUGUAAUUAAUACAUCGUUAGGUUGAUAAUAGUUGAUAAUUAUUGUUUGUACCGACCCCAUACUUUGACCCUACCGAUAAGACUCUUCAGUUGCCUCCAUUUGGUGGUUGAAGUGCGAACGGGAAGGUCUAACAUGAUCUGAGAUACAAUAUGAUUUUGUGCGUGAUUUUUCUGUGUCUGUGCGCCACGGGAACGGUUUUUGGAUCGCCUAAUUCCCUAAAAGAUCCGUACAUAUGUGGAUCACCGACAUGUAACGAACCGGAGAAGUUUAAGUAUUUACUAGAUGUAAUCUACCACUAUGAAUACAAAGUCAAUGUUGAGACCUACUUCGCUGGCUCCAGUAAUAACCGGUCCACACUGGAUGUUAGGGCUGUGCCUAAAAUUCAAUUUAUAACACCAUGUGAGGGUCUGCUGCAGCUGACUGAUGUUACCCUUAUAGAUCAAGAUGAAAACUACCCGGUGGAGAGAGCUGAGAAGUUCAUUCAUGCUGUCUCACUCUUUGAUCUUCGAUUCGCAUUCCACGAUGGUAUCGUCUCAGAGAUAUGUCCGGAGCCGGAGGAGGAGGAUUGGGUACUUAACUUCAAGAGAGCCAUCCUGACACUCUUCCAGAAUACCAUGAAGAGGUUCGAUAUCAACUUCAAUGGAGUUGAGCAAGACAUCCACGGUACAUGUAACGUGGACUACACGGUCCGCGGCCAAGAGAAUACGAGCCUUAUCCUAGUGAAAACAAGAGAUCUUUCACAAUGCACCAACCGAUACAAGUACAUGUCUAUUCUGCAAACUGUGAGAUACGACUUUCAGAGUAGAUUCCAAACAUGGCCCGUAUUGAAAUCGGAGAGCAAGUGUCGUAUAACGGUAGACCACCAUAUCUAUAAGGCGGUCAGUUGCCGCGAGCGACAUCUGUUCGAACCGUUCUCCGGCAAGAACUCCGGAGCCAUGACCACUGUAGUACAGGAUCUGAUGUUGAUUAGAGAACUUAAUAAGACUGAUUCUGAAGUUAUUGAGUCGCAACCUAAAGCAUGGGUAGAAAUACCUCGUCGCUCGAACUUGUUACACCACCACAUCGUGUACGUGGGGGAUGACACCGGGGGACUCAAGUCUGCUAGGGACGUGCUCAAACUGUUGUGCAUGGUAAAGGACACGACAGCAGAGAACCACCAGUCCCUGAACGUGGACGAGAACAUGGACAGUGGCUCCACUGUCGGACUCUGGGGACGACUAGUCCGAGCGGCCAGGCCACUACACUACCCCGCACUGUCGCAACUACUGGCGCGAGCUCCUACUAUUUGUAAAUCUGCUAACAAACACAUUCUAGAUGCCCUUCCCUACAUCGCAAGCCCUGGCUCAGUGGAACUCAUCAAAGAAAUGAUCAUAAAGAACGCAGUUGAGGACGAAACCAGACACGAGUGGCUCAUGUCCAUGGCUAUGAUACCACGUCCAAAGAAGCAGAUGUUAGACAGUAUGCUGGAACUGCUCCAAAAACAGAAGAAUGACAAAGUGAUCAGUUUCACCGUGUCUUCCAUGGUACACUCAUACUGCAAACAUAGUGGGAAGGAAUUACGCGAAUGCUGCGAAGAGGAUACUCCAAGAGCCAUCGCACUAGAAUUCGAAAACAUAGUCCAGGAGAUAUCUGCUAAAGGUGUCAUCAAAACUAGAGAAGACAGAAACAAUAUCAUAAUAGCAAUCAAAGCUCUCGGCAACAUCGGUGGCUUUAGAAAGGAGUUUGCAGACAAAUUGCUGAACAUUAUCGGCGAUAGUCUCGUACCUGUACCCGUUCGAUUGACGGCCGUAGACGCCUUCAGACGGACAACUUGCGAUGAAACUCGUGAAUACUUCCUAGAAACAUUCAGAGCGGACUACAUGAAUUUGGAAGUACGUUUAGCGUCAUACGUACAAGUUAUGAAGUGUCCCGACCUGGGCACGCUCCGGAAGAUCUUCCACACACUGCAAGAUGAACCUGUAAAUCAAGUAACAACAUUCGUAUGGAGCCACCUGAGGAACCUCGCAGAAUCCUCGCUUCCAUCUCGAGUGGAGAUCCAGGGACUUCUGUCUGGAAACCAGAUCCCGCACCUGGAAGACAGUCCAGACUUCAGAAUGUAUUCCAGGAACUAUGAACAGGGCGUGUUCUUUGAUCAGUAUAAUGCUGGUGGUAACUACGAAGCGAACGUGAUAUUCACUCCGGAUUCGUACAUACCUCGGUCAUUCUCUCUCAACCUCACUGUCGACAUGUUCGGAGAAUCCAUCAAUUUGUUUGAGAUGAAAGCCCGUGGCGAAGGUUUCGAGCGGUACUUCGAGAGUUACUUCGGUAACAACGGACCGCUAAACAAGAACAAACUGACGGAAAAGAUCAGCAACCUUCGCUUCUUCAGGUCUACCAACGAAGCUGAUGAGGUCAGGGAGAAGAUUGACAAUCUGGAGUAUAAGAAUGAGGCGCUUAAACAUAGGUUCCCAAUGGCCGAGCUGGGUAUCAAAGUGUUUGGUAACGAGAUCUCCUACUGGAACGCUGAAGGCGACGAAGAGAUCAUGAAGUCACUAGCUAGACUCAACCCACAACUCAGAGUAUUGGAGAUAUUGUCUGGAAAGGAAAUAUCCUACAACAAAGCUUCACUAUUCCUCGACACAACGUUCUCGGUGCCUACUGGCGCCGGACUACCGAUGAACAUGAACCUCAUGGGCACCAGCUACGUCAACACCAAGAUGUCUGGCACUGUGCUAGAUAAUUAUAGGGAGUCUGGUAACUUGGACUUUGAAGGGAAAUUGAGACCCAGCGUAGCAGUGAACAUAGCAGCGACGAUGAGCGUAGACGCGGGCGGACUCAGCUCCAGCGGGAUCCGCGUCAACUGGCGCCUGUACACCGCCACCGCCGUCGAGGCACGGCUCACUGUCCGGGGGAUCUCCUUGCUGAAGCUUGAUCUAUCACUGCCUAUCGAUAAACAGGAGAUUUUUGCUGCCAAAUCUGAGCUGAUAAUCCUCCAUGGCGACAAGGAGCACCAGCAACAAGGGCUGAACAAGAACAGAAUAGAACAGAACACGUGCUCGUGGUCCACCUUCGACAAGAGUAUCGGGAUUAAGAUGUGCGCUUCUUAUCAGUUCCCCAACAUGACGAAUCUCCGCAACGCUCCAUACUUCCUUAUGAGUGGUCCUGCGAAGUACAUACUCUCCCUGGAGAAGGCGGACCCCACGGCCAAGACAUACGCCAUACAGUAUCGAUGGGACAAGAACGCAACUGGCAAUGUUGUUAGCUUCUCUUUUGAUACGCCUGAUAGUAAGGAAAAACGAAUGAUAAACGCGGUCCUAUCGAUCUCAAACACGUCUAGCACUGCGUUACUGACCCUCCAAUCAGAGAAGAGCACGUUAAAAGCUAAAGCAAUGUAUAGAAACAAGCCUUAUGAUAAAUCUCUAUCGGCCAGCUUAGACGUGGAUGGAAGAAAACAGUUCGACACUGUAAUGUCGGUGAAACGUCACGAUAUUAAAUAUGGCUUCGUUUGGAUACCUCACGCCUAUUGGGUCGUCGAUAAUGAACGGGUUGCCGAGUUAUCUGGUGUAAUAAAAGUAAAAACAAAAGGCAGUGUGACACAGAGCGAUAUAGAAGCAGAGUUUCAAACGAAACAAUUGGCCAGUCACCUCCUAGGGUACUACACUAUCAACGGACCGACCCACGGCACCAAACUACAGUUCGAUUACCAAUUCUUUAAGAACCCAAAACAGACUAUAAAGAUUGAAGGUAUUUACAGUGAGAAAUCUGGAGGCUUUAGACAUGACCUCUAUGGUGACUUGUCCAUGGCAUUCACAGCUUAUCCGGAAUAUAACUUCUAUACGGUUCUGAGGAAUAUUAAAACCCAAUCCCACGUGGAUAUAGGCUUCAACGUAAGUGCGUCCAGAGAAAAGAAGCUUGAUCCAGCGUUUACGUUUAGUUUCCAACGCGCUGAGCACUUGACUGGCAUGAAACUCGAUACAAGACUGACGUUACAUCGACCGAGGUUGAUUGAUACAAGGUUCCAGUUUGAAGGGAUUGGUCCAAAAUACACCGCACUAGCUCUUCUAAACUUCAACCCCAAAUCGCGCGAGAUUCUGGUCUCAGGGUACUUAUUCUUCCCGCCGGGUACACAACUGUAUUUGGACGCGGAACUUAACAUGACACUACCGACCUUGCACCCUUGUUCUAUAAAGACCAAGGUUCAUGAGAAGCAGCCCAAUGAUUUCCAAGUAAACGCAGCCGGCGUAUGGUUCACGGGGGUAGAUUUCAACAUCGACGCGUCAUACCAGGACCAGUCCAAAACAAAUAUGGCGUCCCAUCAUCUCAAGGCGUUGAUCAGUAGUACCCACUUCAAGAACAUCGCCAUGGACGGACGGUUCACUCAGGAUAACCGACAGAUCACGUUUAUUGGACAGGGUGAAUACAACGACGAGCACUACAGGACGUUAAUACGCUACAUUCUACUAUCGGAACAGAACUUCACGACGUAUGUGGAAGUUGACGUCGGCGGGAAGGCGUAUAGUGUCAACUUGAAUGCGGAUCUUAGCAAUAAUACUAACGUUAAUAUGGAUAUACAUUUUGAUCAACUCCGCGACCUCCACUUUUCCUACCAGCGUUGGGUGUCAGCUAGACAAAAGCGUCUAGCCGCUGCCUUCAAUUGGGACGCGAACCGCGAUCCUUCGCAGAAAGUCAGUAUAGACGUACAACUGGACAAUAAGGGCACUUGGCACCAUGCAGGACAUGUCUCCUUGUAUUAUCCUGGACGAAUGGUCAAUGGGGAGUUCGAGUUCUUGUUGAGAGAUUGGUUCUGUCAGUGGCACAUCCGCAUGGGUUGGUCGAGUGAGUCCAACAUACUGUGGCGCGUCAAGAUGUACUCGGAGGCGCACAAUGAAACCGUAUACGCUCUGCUCUCCAAUAUGAACACGCCCUUCGCUGGGUGGAAGGAUACUAGUUUUAAUGUUAUGUGGCGUUACCACGACAAUCUCCAAGCCCUAAACGGCAGCAUGAACUGGCAGGAAGACUACCUAGCAUUCAGCUUACUAGCAGACUAUUUGUUCAAAACAAAUGAGUUCUAUGGAGAAAUCAACGCCGUCGUCAACUCUACUAUACCGACACUGCCCAAGGCGGCCGCCAUAGCCAAACAUAGGGUUAUAUGGAAGAAGAGCGCUGACACACUGCUUAGUUUCCAGUACAACGAAGAUGGUCUGCUGAUGAUCAAUUCUUCUUGGACACUGGAUAGGGGGCACAAAGAGAACAAUAUCACUGGCAGAGUUACACUUCUUACACCGUUCCAAGGUUACAGAAAAGGUUUCCUACGUACAGCGUUCGUAUUGGGCCAUAAGCGAGACAUCAAUGGCAUCACCUACCUCGACUUGGAAGAGAAAGUACUCAAGAUUUACGUCAAUGGGCACAUGCGCCGCAUCACAAACUGUAUGCUAGUCGUGAACGUGACCAGUCCGAUGGUGGAGUUCCCACAAAUGACGGCGCGGUUCGGCUUCGUGGAGGCCGACAGACAUCUGGUGGCCAUGGUCGUUACUACUAAUUCUACUACAGGCAUCGAAGUAUUCCUGAAGCUGGUAUCAUUGCAAGAUUUCCACGUAUUUGGGCAUGUUGCACUACCUAUACAGUACCUCAACAGAGCUAUGGUGAUUGCCAAAAGGGCGCCAGAAGAGGUGGAUUUCCGAGUAGGUUGGGGUAAAAUGGACUUCGGAUUCACCGGUAUAUGGCACUAUCGGUCUCCUCUAAACUUUGUAUACCUAUACAAAUUAUACACACCGCUUGAAGGAUUUGAAGAGAACGGACUUGUAUUGAAGAAUAUCUACGGUAAUGGACUAGAUACUGAGCUAUCUAUUCGUCUGUCUACGCAUAAGUUCGGCAUAGCAAUUCUUCUAGAGGACAAUGGGAAAGCGUUAAUAGACGUGCUUCGCGAAAAGUUUCAACAUGACACGAAGUCAACUUCAGACAUGUUCAUAGAGAACUUUGAUACAAGGGCUCGAGUGGUUUUGGACACCCUGUAUUAUCCUACUAUUACUUUCAAUGCUCAUCUUAUGAAGUUCGUGGGUCCGGAAGAGGAAGACAUAUUAGAAGUGAAUGCAACGCUACACUUACCGAAUUUACCACCGCUUGUAUUAACUGACGUCUUCGUGCUAGAGGAAUACACAGUGAUGCGCAACACUCUGAACUUGGUGACUCCAUUCCAAGCGGUGAAGGAAUUGAAGUCAGUGUACACAGUCGACAUUACACUGGGAGAGAAGAUCAACGUCACCUGCCUCGUGUUGUUGUAUAAUGGAACUUAUUGGCAUGAGAUAUCAUACAAAAUAUUCUACGAAUACGAAUGCGGUGAAGACGACACGUACCAAUCGUACGUAGCGUCUGUCGGUAUAGCGACACCUCUGCCAGUACUGCCCGCGCUAGAGGCCAGAGUCGCUGCGAGACUCGAGGACGCCUUGUGGAAGAUGAGCGCUGAUAUAGCCAUGCCAUCCUUUACUAUUACUGCUUUAGCUAGCUUAGAGUUGGACGAUCCAUUUGUUGAAACUUCAGGCAGUUUGAACUUAACAUCGGCGUAUUUAGAGGACUACUUUAUAAAGAUGCAGUUCAAGAAAGAUUUCUCAGAUGUCGAGAAUGUGGUCGGAGGCGGUAUACAGAUACAACAGGGCGAUCAGAAUAAUUAUUUGUUCGCGGACGUAGUAUGGCGGCCGGCCCCGCACCGUCACAUCCGCUUCAAGUCCCGCGGCGCGCUGGUCCCAGUACUGUCCCCUGCGGAACUCUCUCUGCUGUACAGCGAAGAUAUGUCGCGCACUCUCUCGGUAGAUUUCAGCAGCGAAGACUAUUACUACUCCUUGAAGGCAGACCAGACUCAAACCUCUGUUAGUGCUGCAUUGAGUAGUCCACAUAAGGGAUUCAGAGCUAUCAAAAUCAUAGGCGAAUUCGAAGAGGACGACAUUCGAGGAUCGUUUGUGACAGACACCACAGAAUACAGCAUCAACGGGAAAGUACUGAAUAGGAAACCUCUUGAAAUGUCUCUAACCCUAGUCCCAAAGGGCCAGGGCGACAAUAUAAACAUCCGCAUCAAGUACGAGAACUCCCCCACGGAGUACUCUCUGUCGGCGCACUUCGCGGGGCCGGUCGCCGCCACGCUACACGCUAAGGCGGAACUGGAGGGGAACUUCACGGAUAUUAAUGUUAAACUGGACAUCCCCAAGUCGAAAUACAAGGACAUAUACUUCAAGUCCCGAGUGGACAACUACCCGGGACUGCGCAAAGUGCUCAGCGUACAGGCCGCCACGCCGCUCAACAGGAUACGAUACGUUAAGGGAGAUACUGAUUUUGUAUUUGCUCCCAAAACUGGUUACUUGCUGUGCAAGUAUGAGCUGCCUGACAUGAAAGGCGAGGGAGAUCUUAAGUGGAGCUUCCUUCUUGGAGAUUUGUUUAUCAAGGCGCUCGGUCACCAGCACGUAAAGGAGAUAGAGAAGAGUGUAGACCUGGACAUCCACUUCGGUAACAGUACUACUCCCGAUAUGAUGAUGAAGACUGACGCCGGCUUCAGGAUGGACCUCGAUCAUGUUUGGGUAGGAGACAUGCACCACCCUGGCGACAGUCAGAUCGGCGAGAUAGAUCUACGGUACGGCGGAGUCAAACAUACAGACGGACACUUCAACUUUACCACACCGUUCAAACGACUACCUUGGCUCAAGUCUAUAUUUGAUAUAAACAACUUAGAAGAAACCUCAGAUAACAAAGUGAAUCUAUUCUGGCCGAACAAAACAGCGUCAGUGAACACCACACACCGCUACCAUAAGAAAGACAAAGGCUUCACACAAAACGGCGAAAUAUCACUUUCAGUUCCAUUGAGUCGUCAACAUAUCGUCAACACAGAAUAUUACUACAUUCAAGACGAUAAAACCAGCAAUGGAAAUGCUACAAUUGAUUUUGAUCGCGAACGAUUCGUCAAAGGCUCCUUCGAUCAGAUUCUCAGUAAGAGUGAAAGGAAUUUGGACCUUGCUACCAUGAAUAUUGAGGACGUAAAACAAGCAACAGUAUUCCACUUACACAACGCUACGAAAUUCAACGUCACCGGUAAACUGGACAUCUACACCUAUGACAUCGGAAAAGACCUCAAACUCACUGCUAUACACGGUAAUCGGACGUGGACCUUCGACAAUAAGUACGAGGCUGUGGACAAGGAGUUGAAGCAAGGGAGCAAGAUCAAAUGGGCUGAAGAUGUUUGGUUUAACUACGAUCUACAUGUCACUAAUAUGACUACGGACGAAACUGAAUCCCAACAACUAGUAAUGAACGUAUGGUAUCCACUGCGUACAUUCAACUUGGUAGCAUUAUACAAUUUGCAAGACACUUUACUCGAUGGUUCAGCGAAAUUGCACUGGAAUGUUAAAGAAGAGAAUAAGACGGCUGAGCUUAGAGGUCGCUGGGAGAACCCUCCCGUACCUGAGGGGAACUUGCAUCAUGUGGACUUGUCGCUUGCUCAUCCGUCGUUUAGAAAGGAUGUAACCCUAAAAGGGCAAUACUUGUCAACACCAUCAGUGAUGUCGAACGUCUCCCUAGAACUGCAAUACUCCGACUAUGAAAAUGAAUACCUGCAACUGAACUCUAUUUUAACAGACAACUCAAAUGGCCCAGUGAGGGACUACAAAUUCGCACUAAUAUGCAAACAUCCUUCUACCAAUCUGGACUUGGAUAUGAAGUCCGAUAUUAAUAUAAGAAGUCGCUGGUAUUACUUUAACAAUUUCUACAGGUUCCAGAAGUCUCUUUUCUAUCAGAAAAUGAGGCAGAAUAUGUUUUUGAUUGAUACCGCUAACAGCGCCGUGCAUUGGGAGCGUGCAAACGAGACAUAUUUCUACAAAGUGAACGGUACAUGGGAACUGUUAUAUCCGGACUAUACAUUGAAGACGUUCGUCAGUCGCUCCACGGGUAACGACACAGGCACUGCGACACUGUCUAUGAAGAACAAAUCUUUUGUUGCGCAUUAUAAUAGUACCGAUGACAUCUCGUACCACAUGGUGGGCCAAAUCGUCGACACUAGAUACGCUAAAUUCGACUCUUGGCGUAACUUCGAUGACGUCAUAACUGUCGACCUAGCCUCCUACAUACGUCUCAACCACUCCCGACUGCUAACCAGCUCAAUUAAAUGGCGACCAGAAAUUUUCACAGAAGUUAAGUCCCAAGCAGUUUCCACACUCAAACUUUUGUACAGCCAAGUUAAUGAUACCCUUAUAAUAAUGAAGGAGAUGCCUAUGGAAGCCCAUUUGGCCCUGAAGAACAUUUGGACGGACGCUAAGCCGAGGAUCAGGGACUUUUUGGACGAUCUAAAUGACCUCCAUGUGAUAAAGGACGAUUUGGACGAGUUCGAACGGUUUUUGAACCAAUCUUAUAGCCAAAAUGACUUUUACGUCAAAGAUAUUGUGGAGUUCACUUACUAUGUACUAGACGAAAUGGCUAUAAGGAAUCAUUUAGAGAGUUUGCCAGGCAUUGUGAAUGAUAUGUGGGGAAUGAUGGGCAACACAAGCCAGUCGAUAAAGCAAAGUUUGACGUACAUAGUGGAUUCUAUCAAAAAGGCGUAUGCAAACUUCUUGGAGUCUGUCAACAAGGUAUUGGAAGCUGAUUUCAUGGAGUUGGUGUCUGAUAGAUUGGAAGCUAUGAUCCUGCAGUACGAUAACUUUAUAAGAGAUCUCCAUAUGAAGUUUUUGGAGUACUGGGAGGAGACUUGGGUGAAUGCGACUAACAGGCUUUCCAAGUAUUGGCAUGAAGUCCUAAAGUCGAUUGAGCCGUUGUUCUUCAAAGUGUUGCAUUAUAGUGAGUCGUUUGUGUUCGCUGUGGGUAAGAACGUUAUGGAUUUCUUCUAUAAUAGGACGCAGGAGUUGACUGACUCGCCUUAUUUCAAUUAUGUGUCGACGUUCGGACAUGAGAUGGAUCGCAUCUACAAGGACCUAAUGAACAACGAUUUAAUCACCAAUAUAAAGAAAUAUAGCAAGAAGCUCUUCAACUUCGUUUGGUCAAAGAUAGAGAAGUAUAUUCCGUUCAAAGAUGAGUUCACACAACUGUACGCGGAGUUCAGGAACGCGUGGGAGAACUUCUUGAAGACCAAGCAGGUCGUCUACGUGAGAGAGAAGUAUCAAGAAGCAUAUGUGCGUCUGAAGUGGUGGUAUGAUUACUUCUUGAUCGGCGAGGCGCUGGAGACAGUCGGCGAGAUACUGCAUCGUACACCAAAAACGAACUUCAUAUUCGAUCCCCGAGUCGGUGCUAUCCUCCUAGAACAGAAGCUACCGAUGUCUUGGCACGCAUUCAACCGUACGCCAGAUUUCACUGAAAUAUCUGAAUACCGCGCCGUGAAGGACUUUAUGGACGAAUGGUUGAAUACUAACAAGAGUAUCUGGUCGUUCUAUUAUGAUAUUAGACCUUAUAUGGACUUCGAUAACUUGAUGCCGCCAUUUGCUGGCCAGGGUACCCUGGUAACAUUCGACAAGAGAGUGUUCACAAUAUCAGAAGCGGGCACAUUCCUACUGACGCGGGACUAUAGACAGGACAACUUCACUGUACUCAUGGAGAGCAACGACCAGGGACGGUAUAAUCUGGUGUUACUGACCAGGAGGAGUAUCAUACAUAUUGACUUGUAUAAGGAGGAAGUAUCAAUAGGUCAAUCAGUACUAAGUCUCCCAGCGUACGUGGACGGCGUGGUAGUGGACAGACAGACGGACUCACUGUCCGUGCAAGGAUACAACGGACUCGACAUACAGUGCAACCUCGUCUUCCACACUUGUAAACUGCAGGUUUCAGACAAAGCUGACCUGGUCCGCGGAAACCGCACCCGGAAAGCAGAUAUGUUCGCUGCACUAAGCUUCGCCACUCAGCUUCCGUUCCGUGCCGCUGUACCCAAGAUGUUCAUACUGAUGCCGUGCUCCAAGUGUGAUUCUACCUUUAUGAGGCUGGACUACUCCACAAUCUACCACAACCUGAUGGAGAGCUCGGUGACACUCCACAUCCUCAUGGAUGACGACUUCAUGCUGUCCAAGAAGAGAGCCGCUAAGUACUUGUUCGGCGUGGACAAUACACUAGCGUACACGAACAAGGACUACGAGCGACUAUUGGAGCUAUCAUUCUUCAACUCCGAUGACAUCGAUGAGUUAAUCGACAUGGCGAUGGAACCACCCACCCUGCCUUCCUUCAGAUGAUAGGAGCAUAGUAAAUAGAAUAAUGUCAGGACCCAAAUCUAAAUUAUACUCUAAGUAAGCUAACGUAAGGUAGACAUUUCAGUAAACGCUACUUGUAAUUGUUAACCGAUUUUGAACUUUAUUUGCUUUAGUAUAUUGGAAUAAUUUAGAUGUCUUUUCUGCAGAGAAUGUUAACUCUUGUUGCUUGUGCAAUAAGAAUCAAAGUUGGUUGACAACUAUCGAAAUGGCUAGUGAAAUUGUCUAUCAUUAUUUAGUAUGGAGUUAUAGUUCCUACGAUUUCAAAUUGAACAUAAUUUAUUCUCAAGAAAAUUGUCAUAAAGUACAAAUUUGGACUCAAUAAUGUAAGGAAUAGGGCUCAAAACUGUAUACCUAAUUUUACUGGUACCUAAAUAGUGAAUUGUGAUAUUUUUUAUCAAAAAGUAUCUCAUUUUAGUAAAAUUAAUAUUCUUUUAUUUAAUUAAUUAAACUAAUUGUGUAAUAUCUAUUUGUAUUCGUAAGAACAAGUUCAAACAUAAUGCAAGUUAUUAUGAUCCUUAUUUACUUAAAAAUAGUGUUUAUUAUACAGUGACUAUGUAGAAUUUAUAGAAAGAAGUUUCCUGUGUACAUAUUUGAUUACAAAUAAGUUUGACAUUUAAUAAAAUAUUUUUAUAAAUUACA